AUGGUGUCUCGUGCCAGCGUCCUCGCGUUCAUCGCGAUCACCCUCGUGGCAGCACCAUGCGCGCUUGCCAUCACGGACACUGAUAUCCUGAACUUUGCCCUCAACCUCGAGUACCUGGAGGCAUCUUUCUACUCUUACGCUGCCCGAGGCGUUGGCCUCGACUCGGAUCUCACCGGCAGCGGUCCCGAGGUCAUUGGCGGAGAGAAGGCCAACCUGACCGAAAAGGGCCAGUUCUUCGCUGAGGCUCUGGCAGUCGAUGAGAUCAACCACGUCAGGCUGCUGAGGAGUGUGCUGGGAGACGCAGCCGUGCCCAUCCCCGCCAUCGAUCUGGGCCCUGCCUUUGCCGCCGCUGCCAACGCCGCCCUCAACUUGACCCUGGACCCCCCCUUCACCCCCUACGCCAACGACCUCUUCUUCUACCACGGCGCCUUCAUCUUCGAGGACGUGGGUGUGACCGCCUACCUGGGCGCUCUACCCUCCAUCUCCGACACCACCUACGUCCCCACCGCCGCCGGUAUUGCCGCAGUGGAGGCCUACCACGCCGGCGCGGUUCGCGCUUUCCUGCUGGGCGACAUCGACACGGUCACGCCUUACGGUGUGCCCGUGUCCACCAUCGUGGACGCCAUCGCCGCCCUGCGCGAGACGGUUCAGGGCGAGCCCGUGGAUGCCUUUGACCUGGGCGGCUCCGAGAGUGCGCCCCUGUUCGUCCCCGCCUCCGCCAACACCUCGGUCGCCUUUUCCCGCGAUCCCAGCCAGAUCCUGGCGGUGGUGUACCUGGGUGGCACUGACAAGGGCGGCUUCUUCCCCGAGGGGCUGAAUGGCAAUAUCAAGUGA